GGGGACGGCGUGCAGCCCACCAAGAAGGCGGGCACACGGAGCUGGGGGGCCCCGGGAGCUGCGCGGUGCCGGGGGGACCCGGGGCGGCGCGCGUGGACCUUGUCCGCACGCUGCCGCCGCCUCCGCCACGGUCCCCGGGUCGCUCCCCGCCUCUCCCCACCCUCCGAGGGCCGUUGGUACAGUCCCGCUGACUCCGAGAGCUUAAAAAGGGCCGGGGCUACCGAGCCCAGCCGAUUCGGUUCUGAUUUGUGUGCGCGGCGCGUUCUCCAGAGAGCCCGGAUCCGCCGAGCUGCUGGGGAACGGGGGGUGCCUCUUGAUAUCUUGGUGGGGGGUUCUUUAGGCUGUGGCACUCAAGCCAUUUGGGGGGGGGGUGCGCGCGCGCGCAGCUGUCCAGCCAGCAGCUCCGGUCCCUCGCCCCCAGCGCCUCCGUGCUCAGCUCCCGCACCGCAGCCCAGCAGAGAGCCGCAAGCGCCGCCAGCUCCGCGAGGGAUGGAGCAGACCGAGGUGCUAAAGCCGCGGACCCUGACGGAUCUGAUCCGCAUCCUGCACCAGCUCUUCGCCGGCGAGGAGGUCAACGUGGAGGAGGUGCAGGCGGUCAUGGAAGCGUACGAGAGCGACCCCGCUGAGUGGGCAGCGUACGCCAAGUUCGACCAGUACAGGUAUACUCGAAAUCUCGUGGAUGAAGGAAAUGGAAAAUUCAAUCUAAUGAUUCUAUGUUGGGGUGAAGGACAUGGCAGCAGUAUCCAUGAUCACACCGACUCCCACUGCUUUCUGAAGAUGCUGCAAGGCAAUCUAAAGGAGACCUUAUUUGCCUGGCCUGACAAAAAGUCCAACGAGAUGAUCAAGAAGUCUGAAAGAACCUUGAGAGAAAACCAGUGUGCCUACAUCAACGAUUCCAUUGGCUUACACCGAGUAGAGAACAUCAGCCACACGGAGCCUGCUGUGAGCAUUCACUUGUACAGCCCACCGUUUGAUACGUGCCAUGCCUUUGAUCAAAGAACAGGACAUAAAAACAAAGUCACCAUGACAUUCCAUAGCAAAUUUGGAGUCAGGACUCCAUUUACAGCUUCAGGAUCCCUGGAGAACAACUAAGAAGCAUGAAAUCCUCUGAGGUUUUAGCUCAAGGUAUGCUAAAAGUUUUGCCUUGGACGGCGAUGUCUCCACCAGCUGCUGUCCAGUAAUACACUUUAUGAAGCCAAUACUUAGAUCUCCUGCAAGGCACAUGCUAAUUGUCAAGCAUUGAGCAAGCAGAUAGUGCCCCAAGCUACUGCAGAAGAAAAAUCCCACUAAAGGAAAAGUGGACUCAUAAUUUUAAAGGCCAAUUCAAGUGCUCUGAAUUCAGUAGAACCAUACAGGGUGGGAGGGAAUGUCAAUGAAGGUUUUUAUAGCUUUUGGAAACCCUUUGGUCUGUGAAUUGUAAUUAGCAAUAAAUAAAAAGAAGAAACCACAGACAUCAGAUGCUUGCCUUGUUACUUGGAGGACUAAACGUAGGUGUCUUUCGUAUCCUUUGUAUGUUCUUAAUAUUUGCAGAGAAUUUUUUGGAUCUAUGGAUUUUAUUUUUUCAGUCUUACUUGACAAAUUCCUGUCCAAUAAGUAGCAGGAUAUUGUAGACAGAGAAACUCAAGGCACUUUGCCGUUUGGUAAUGAAAGGGAGGGCAGAAGAUUUUAAGAAAAGUACCUGUACCCCUAAACCCAGGCCAAACCAAAAACAUAAACUCAUGUCUAAUGGGUCCAGUGGUCCUAGUCAAAGACUUUGUACUGCCACUAAAAUUGCCAAAUAAUUUUAAUAAAACUGGAUUUGAAUACGA